AACAACACAUCUUCGCCAGACAUCAAAGGGUCCCUUCAUACAUACUCGUGGUUUACCGCUCAGGGGCACCUACGUCCCAGGCAUAUAUAGCCAACGACUUGUGCGCUUCGGAAAAGGCCGCGAAACACGUGGCUGGAGCGCUAACGUCUAGAUCCCCAUUCUGACACCCCGGUGAUACCACGGAGAGACGCCUCUCCCCGAACCAGGACCUGUCACGGCCGCUAUUGAGAGGCAGUAUUCAUCCAACGAUGCCUUCUGCCAUCGAUUCAGCAGAUGAUUUGGCUGCCGCCAUCCAGCAGAUCACGCUGUCCAACACCGACGCGGAUUACAUCGAUCAGCUAGCGCCUCUUCUAAAGGAUGCACGUCAAAAUGACAACCGUGCAAGCCAUAUCGUUCAGGCCCUGAAUCAUAUUUCCGCCGAGCGGGAGUCCGACAUUGAACGCAUGUGCAACACGAACCACCAGGAAUUCGUGAAUUCAGUCAACCAACUUCUGCGCGUACGCGAGGGUACGGUCAACCUGACUGCCGAAAUUUUGAAUCUUAGUCAGUCCAUUCAAGGUAGCACGGAGAAGCUAGCUGAGCAAAAAAAGGCCCUUGUCGAUGCCAGAGCCGUACGCCAGAAUGUCGAAGAAGCAAGGAAAGCUUUGGAAGCUUGCCUCGAAGUGCUUCGGCUCGCUAAUCAAGUCCAUGAUCUUCUCGCCAAAAAGAGCCAUUACGCUGCGUUGCGUGCUCUCGAUGAGCUCCAAAAUGUACAUCUGCGCGAGGUUUCUCGCUACAAGAUUGCUGAGAUGAUCGAGAAAUCCGUCCCGGCAACCCAAAGGCUCAUUGCAGAAGCCGUCAUGAACGACCUCAACACAUGGUUGUAUCGGAUUCGAGAGGCUUCGCAGUAUGUGGGCGAGGUUGCCUUCUAUCAUACAGACCUGCGGCGCACGCGCCACGAGGAACGGUUAAAACAAGACGAGUACCUCAGCAAGUUCAGACUCAACUCUGCUAUUGAGUUAGUGGCAGAUGAGAGCGACGAAUUUGAUAUUCUGAACGAUGAUGAAACAGAAAUCAAGGUUGACUUCGCCCCGCUCUUCGAAGCCAUCCAUAUCUACGACACCCUCGGACGUAGCGACGAGUUUCGGGCAGAAUACGCAGCUACCAGGCGAAGACAAAAGGAGCUGUUAAUUCCAAGUUCUAUUAAUCUACUGGACGAGGAAGAUGGCGAUCUGAGUAGCUUGCUUGAAAGCAUUGCGGGGUUCGCUAUUGUUGAGAGAGCCACGAUGCGGAAAACAGAAAACCUGCGCACGACUGCCGACGUCGAUGAGCUCUGGGACUCUAUGUGUCAAAGUUCCAUAGCUCUAAUUACUAAAGCUCUGCACACUGUCGACAAUGACGAAAAGUUGCUGAGAAUCAAGGGAAGGAUUGCGCUUUUCCUCCAAGCGAUGGAGAGCUGGGAGUACUCGGUCACGAGUCUCAACGCGUUGUUGCUAACCUUGUUUGACAAAUACUCUCAACUGCUGAAGAGAAGGUUCAGCGAAGACUUCCAAGAAAUUGUUUCUACAGAUGAUUACAUGCCAAUGCCGAUCAAGACACAAGACGAGUAUGACAAAGUCGUCAACGUUAGUUGGUACAACUCAGAAACGCCGCGCGAGGAGAUUGAAUGCCCUUGUGUUCUUCCAUUCUCCCAGAUGUAUCCUCUUUGCUGCAUUGACAUUCGCAACUUCCUUAAUCAAAUGUACCUUUUCUCAGACGACAACUUCCAGCGGUCGACAGUCAUCGACGACACACUCAGAGAAUCACUCGAUGAACUUCUCUGCGAGAAAGUUUGCCAGAUGCUGGUGGAGCGCCUCAGCUCUCAGUAUCCUGGCCAAAUUGUCCAGAUCCUCACCAACCUUGAGCAUUUUGAGAUUGCGUGCCAGGAGCUGCAAGUCCUCCUAUUCGAAGCACGUAGCUCGAGCUCGGCGGCGGGACCGAUCGUUCUCAAAGCGACCGAACAGUUCAGAGCAGGCAAGAAGACUGCCGAGAAGAGAAUCUUCGAAUUGGUCAACAGCAAGAUUGAUGACUUGAUCGAAACGGCCGAGUAUGACUGGGAAUCGACGAAGCCGGCACCGGAAGUCAGCAACUACAUGCAAGAGCUGACGCGGUACCUAUCGAACAUCAUGAACUCUGUUCUCUUAGGCUUGCCCACCGAGAUCAAGGAGCUCAUCUACUUCGACGCCCUCAGCCACGCCGCAACCUCGAUCUUGGCUCUCCCGCUCGAAGACUCGGUCCGCCGCAUCUCUCCCGCGUCCAUCAAGACGCUCGCGCAGGACACCUCGUUCCUGUCCUCCUUCGUCGACAGCCUGAAGAACCCCAUCCUGCGCGAAAACUUGGACGAGCUGGUGCAGACGAUCGCGCUCAUGCAGGCCGACGACCCGCUCGAGUUCUUCGACGUCAGCCAGCGCAACAAGAAGUACGGUCGCGUCAACCGGGAGCAUGGCGCGAUUUUGCUUGAGAAGGUCAACCAGGGCGCGGGUGUCGUGCAGGAGAAGAGCAGGACUGAAAGACUCAUGACUAGAGUCGGUUUCAACAAGUCCUAAGUGGGCGGAAGUGAUUGUUUUGAGCUGUUUUGGGUGUUUUCUUGCUUGGCAUGGGAGUUAUGGAGUUGUUAAUAGAAUUGUAUGCAUCGAC